AUGGAUGUGCUUAUGGACGGAGAGGUCAAGGAUGAGGUGGUGAAGUUGAGCUCUGGUCCUGCUCUGGCCUCGGGGAUCAUGGGGGGCCUUGAAGCUCGGCCCCAUGCAUGGCCCUUCAUGGUGUCUCUGCAGCGGUAUAGUAAACACUUCUGUGGGGCCACUCUCGUCGCCCAGAACUUUGUCAUGUCAGCCGCACACUGUACGAGUGGACUGACCCUUCAGGAGACCCAGGUGGUGCUGGGAGCUCAUAAUGUGAGCAAGCAAGAGCCUACACAGCAGGUUUUUAGGGUACAGAAGGUCAUCAAGUACAAAAAUGAAAGCACACUCUUUGAGAAUGACAUCGGGAUUCUCCAGUUUAAAGGAUCGGCCACCCUCAAUGCCAACGUGAGCCUUGCUCAGCUGCCAGCCGAGAACCAGGGCCCAUGAAAUGGAACACAGUGCCAGGCUAUGGGCUGAGGUUAGCUAGGCACCAAGGAGGUUCCCGAAGUCCUGCAGGAGGUGAACCUGACCACAGAGACAUCCAGGUGCCAGCGGAGUAAAAUAUGCACGUUUGAGCCCAUUCGAAGAGCUGGCAUCUGCUUUGGCAACACAAGGGGACCCCUGUUGUGCAACAGGGUCGUCCAAGGAAUCGACUCUUUCAUCCGUGGUUGCUGCUGUGCAAACAUUAAUCGCGACUUCUUCACUCUUGUGGGCCGGUUUGCAAAGUGGAUCAACUCCAUCAUCCUCAAGGACAGCCCAGCCCCCAUGCACCCCAGAGACCCAGCAAGCAGGAUCCACUAG